UGCCACACAGGCUCAUUGAAGGAUUAAGGGGAUUUCUAUUCAUAAAAGUGCCUGGCACACAGCAUGCUGAUAAUUGUCAUUAUUUUUAACAGGUUUCUCUUGAGUGUUUAAUAAAGAUAAGGAAAAGUUUCGUUGGGAAGAACUGAAGUCGUGCAAAGGAAGCAUAUAUAAAUACAUCAGCGGAUCCAGAGCGCACAUCCUAUUCAUCGCCGACAGGGUAUUAGUAAACUUUUUUGUCAGCAAUAGGUAGCCAGGUAUGCUCGAUGACUCAUUCCUUGUUUGGGCCCUAGUCCUCUUUUGUCCUAAAUUUUCCAGAGAGUUACUUCUAGUCCAGCACACAUUGUUCACUUACUUGUACAAGAGCAGAUGUGCCUCUAUUAAUAGCUACUAUGUAAAGAGGCCUGCAAUUAAAGACUGUGACAUUUGGCAAACGUAUUUCAUCUCAAUAAUCCUCACAAUACUACAAAAUAUCCACCGUCCUCUUUUUCUUCAGAGAGGUGGCAGAGAUGCAGAGACCCUCACGCACAAGACCAUCACCCUUGAGGUUGAGCCCAGUGACACCAUUGAGAAUGUCAAAGACAAGGAUGGUCUCCCACCUGACCAGCAGCAUCUGAUAUUUGCUGGCAAACAGCUGGAGGAUGGCCACGCUCUCUCAGACUAUAACAUCCAGAAAGAGUCCAGCCUGCACCUGGUGCUGCGCCUUCAAGGUGGCAUUAUUGAGCCUUCCCUCCACCAGCUCGCCCAGAAAUGCAACUGUGACAAGAUGAUCUGCCACAAGUGCUAUAUUUGCCUGCACCCCCGUGCUGUCAACUUCCACAAGAAGUACGGCCAUAUCAAUAACCUGUGCACCCAGAAGAAGCUCAAAUAAUGCUCUUCCAAGCUGGGUGCAGUGGUUCACACCUAUAAUCCCAGCAC